UUAGCAAACGCUAAAAGGAAGGAAUGCUAGCUAACUUGUAAAAAGUUUUGGAAUCAACAAUGCCGAAACAUUCCGAGGAGCUACAACACCUGAGUGUACAGCCCUCAGGACGUUGGGUGUGGAGGGAUGAAAGUCAAACAGUGGAGUUUGUCAGUCCAGCAGAGGAGUGUGUUUUGAGAAAAAGGAGGCAAACUAAUGUCAAUUUCAAAGAGCUUCAACAGCGAGCAGAGUGGCUGGCUGAGAUCUGCACGUUGAACCAUAGAGGGCGCCAGAGCAUUAAAAAGAGCCUGCGCCCUGCUCAUCUGCAUGCCUACAUGUCAUCUGUGAUGAGGCGGCGAGGAGACUGCAUUACAACUGAUGAUGUUAAACAGGUGGCUGUCAGUUUGCUACAGGAGAAUUACUUGCUUCCAAUUCCAUUCAGCUUCAUGGCUGUAUUAAAGUGUAAAGCUCUUGAUGACGUCCUGCCUGCCCUUCUCCUUUACAUGUCCUGUUUCUUUGAACACAAGUCUCUGGAGGAUAUGCUCAAAUCUUCAAUGGCUGUCUACCUCAUCACAGAGCACAAGAUGAUGGCAGAGGCUUUUGCCAAAAAGAAAAUAGCACAAAAGAAGCUGGCUGUCUGCUACUUCAGCCUAAUGAUGGACCUGGAGAUGGAACAGCAUCAACACACAGCAUAUCAAAAGGUCCGGAUGUUAUCAAACAGCACAGACUGGCUGCUGCAUGCGUGCUUGUACAGCUUCUUCUGUUAUGCAGCCUGGGUGACGUUUGGCAGGAAGGACCUGAGGGACAUCCAAGAGGAGCUGGGGCGUCUUCUGUACUCUGACACCUUUAACAUGGCAGUGAGAAACAGGUCUGAUGGGGACUCAGGGACAACCUUCACUGCUGUUCAUGGUUCAGUGAAGACGGGAGAAGCUGCCCCCGAGGAGACGGAAUGGAAUAGCUCAUUUAAGCACAGAAUGCCUCAGAGACGUCCCUCCCUCAGCCGUAUAGUUAAUCAGCGAUCCCCACUGAUGAUGUCUCUGCUGCCCUCGCCCAAAGAGCGCUCCCCCCAUCUGUUCCUCGGCAACCAGGCCGGGGGGCAGAGCCCGCUGCAGGCCGACACCUGUGACACUAAGGUCCUGAUGGAGGAGCUCAACCAGCAGCUGGCAACUCUCAGGUGGUACAAAAGAUCACCCAAUAUGUUACACAGGAUGUGAUGUGUGUAGGUUGAUCAAGGAUAUUUGUAAAGUAACAG